AUGACCCUGCCUCCGAAACCCACGAUUCCAUACUAUGCCCCGGCCGAUGAGCUCCCCGCGCCUCUGCCAACGAUCGACGAGAUCCUCGCUUUGUGGUACGGCAAGGAUACCCCCCUCGUCUCCUGCUGGCGAACGACCCCUGUUCUCCGCAUCCGCGAGCACUUUGCUGUCAAACUCGGAUCGAGGACGAGCGUGCAAGAGGGCCUCAACCAGCUCUUCGUGACGCAGGUGACCAAUAUCCCAGUACCCAAGGUCUACGCCAUCAUGGAGAAAGAGAUUGACGGGGAUGCUGUCUGUUUCAUCGUCAUGGAGUAUAUCGCUGGGAAAAUCCUCGGCGACAUCUGGAACGACAUCGGGCCGGACAAGAAGCAAGAGAUCACGACCAAGCUCUGCGGCUACAUGAAGGAGCUGCGCAGCGUCCCUUCGCCGGGCUACUUCGGCUCCGCUUGGGAAGGGCGCUAUAUGGCCCGGGAGCUUUUAGACUUCCACAUGCUCACACCGCAUCCGGAGCCCGAGAUCAGGGGACCGCACAAGACGAUAGACGAGUUCGCCGAGGGUAUGUUCCUAGCCUGGAAAAAGAUGCUUAGAAGAUGGGAGGAUUUCACGGGGCGCAAGGGAGAGGAUUGGACGGGGCGCGAGGCAGAGGAACGCCGCGGGCAACUCUGGCGGCGCUUGUACCACGCCACGUUCAAGCGGGACAGCACGCCAGUCUUCUCACACGGCGACUGGGAGCGAUGUAACAUUCUCAUGGCCGACGACGGGCGCGUUGUCGUCAUAGAUUGGGAGAAUGCGGGGUGGUAUCCCAAGUUCUGGGACCCUUGCAAAGCUUACUCGCAUCAGAACCACGACGACUGGGAUGACCAUCUGUUGCAGAUUUUCGGGACCGAGCACGACAUUGAGUACACGCUGUGGCAUACCCACCUAGAUUGCCUUCAAGAGUCCUUGUCAAAGUCGCCCACGGCCCCGAUUGCACUCGGGGAGGGUCAGCAGGAGAAGGUGAAGUCAGUGGGGGGAAUGGGGGGCAAUUGAUACUUGUAUUUUAUCACAGAGCAAUAUGUAGGAGGAGCGUCUGGGACGGUACUAGUAGUUCUCACAAGGUCGCUUGUUCAAGUGCGUUGGG